AUGUCGGAAUCAGAAAUUAAAUACACCUUGAUCAAGGAUGUCACCGUCAUUACGAUGGACCCAGAGUUAGGGGUAUUGACCGAAAGCGAUGUACUGCUCAAGGGGCAAUAUAUCGAAGCCGUUGGGAAGAACCUGACGACGCCUUCAGAUGGUCAUGUUGAAGUGAUUACCGUCUCACAUGGCAUUGUGACACCAGGCUUCAUCGAUGGCCAUCACCACAUGUGGCAGCAGUUGAUCAGGGGUGUCUGCCUCGACUGGUCUCUGUUGGAUUACCUCGUCGCCAUUCGCAACGUCUAUGGAAGCGUUUUCACGGCAGAAGACACUGAGUUUUCUUACUACAUUGCGGGUUUGGAUCUGAUCAACAACGGCAUCACAUGCGUUCUCGAGCAUGGCCAUAUCAUGAACUCGCCGCAGCACGCUGAUGCCGCUAUCAAGGGCUUGAAGAACUCGGCCAUUCGCGGAUGCUUUUGCUACGGGUUUUACGAGAAUCCCCAGAUGGACAAUGACUGUACUGUUUUGGCGGGGUUCGACCACACGAAACGAGUGGCGGAUGCCCGACGCGUGAGACGGGAACACUUCCAGAGCAACGAUCCAGCACAGGAGCUGCUUACUUUCGGCAUCGCACCAACAGAGCCAGAAGUAGAGCCGAUAGCGGACACGAUUGAUCAGAUUACGUUCGCGCGCGAGAUUGGCGCCAGGCUCAUAACAAUGCAUGUUGCUAUGGGUCCGUACGAUACAAAUCACAAACAAAUCGUCCAGCAGCUCGCGGGCAAAGACCUCCUGGGGCCAGACCUGGCCUUUAGCCAUGGCGCAUCACUGACGGACGAAGAGCUGGGAGCAAUGCAACUUGCCGGCGCUGGUCUGGUGGGCACGCCGGAUACUGAGUUGCAGAUGGGCAUGGGAUUCCCUGCAGUGUUCCGAGCUGCAGACAAAGGUUGCAAGGCGGGCCUCGGCAUCGAUAUCACGUCAAACCAGAACAACAGCUUCAUCGCUCAGAUGAGGCUGGCCCUCCAGGCACAAAGAGCACUUGAUAAUGAAAAGAGCCUACCUUUCAAGAUUGCGCGGAAAACCCACGAAAUGCUACGGAUGGGAACCAUGGGAGGGGCGGAGGUCAUGGGGAUGAGCCACCUCGUCGGAUCAAUCACCGUCGGCAAGAAAGCAGACUUGAACAUCUUUCAGUGUGACGACAUAAGCACUGUGCCUAUCAUUAAUCCCACCGGCACCGUGGUUUUUCAAGCUUCAACAUCAAAUAUCGAUACAGUCAUUGUCGAUGGUAGAGCACUCAAGAGGAACGGACAAUUGGUUGGUGUUGAUUGGCCACGGCUGAGAGAAGAACUGAUUUCCCGAACGCAGAGGAUUGAGAGUGCUGCAUCCAAAAUAGACUCAGCUAUCAACUCAGAGAAAUGGAAACGCCACCUUUGA